AUGGCAUACCUACUAUUAUAUGUCGAUGAUAUUAUCUUGACCGCGUCCAACACCACUCUGUUGCAUCACUUUAUAAACUUGAUGUCUCAAGAAUUUGCAAUGAAAGAUCUUGGCCGUAUCCACCAGUUUCUUGGCAUUCAAGUUCAAUCUACAAAGGAUGGCUUGUUCUUAUCUCAACAGUCGUAUGCAGCCGACAUCCUUACACGGGCAAAUAUGCAACAUUGUAAACCAAGUACCACCCCAACAGACACAAACAACAAGCUUAGUGCCGACACCGGUGAAUUGUUAACCGACGGUUCUCUUUAUCGAAGCCUCGCUGAUACACUUCAAUAUUUAACAAUUACCCGACCCGACAUUGCAUACACGGUGCAACAAGUUUGCUUAUUUAUGCACGCCCCACACGAGCCACACUUUAACUUUCUUAAACGUAUAUUGCGGUAUCUAAAAGGCACCAUUGAUUAG